CCUGGGAUUAGAAAAUAUGUCUGUGAUCUCACACUGGACCCAAACACAGUAUACAUGCGCCUCUCUCUGUCUGAGAAGAACAAAAAGGUGACACAUAUGGGAACGUGUCAGCCGUAUCCUGAUCACCCAGAGAGAUUUAUGGAAUGUGGAGAGGUGCUGUGUAGAGAGAGUCUGACUGGCCGCUGUUACUGGGAGGUAGAGUGGAGUGGGAGAGGAGAGGAAGAGUGGAAAGGGAGAAGGGUUGAUAUAGGAGUGACAUAUAAAGGAAUCAGCAGGAGAGGAGGGGGUCUUGACUGUUGGCUUGGAUACAAUGACAAGUCCUGGAGUCUGCGCUGCUCUGACAACAGUUACUCUGCCUGGCACAAUAAUAAUUCCACUACCAUAUACGUCCCCUCCUCCAGCUCCCACAGAGUAGGAGUGUUUCUGGACUGGCCAGCCGAUACGCUGUCCUUCUAUAGAGUCUCCUCUGACGCACUGACCCACCUGUACACAUUCCACACCACAUUCACUGAACCCCUCUAUCCAGGGUUUCAUCUUUGGGGUUAUGGCGCCUCAGCGUCCCUUUGUCAGGUGAAUCUGAGUAACAAUGACCUGAAGCAUUCAGGAGUGAAGCUGCUCUCUGCUG